CAGAGAGAUUGGAUGGUGGCAACGCAGCAAAAUUUUCAAUGAAAAACGUAAACAAGAAAAUUAAAAAACAACAACAGUGGCAAAAUAGUUAUUAAUUAAAUAUAUUUUCAAUAAAUUUGUGGAAAAUUUCCAAAGUAAAAUGUGUGACACAGAGGAUUUCUACAAGGAUGCAGUGAUUUUCGUAACAGGCGCUACUGGCUUUGUGGGCAAAACAUUGCUGGAGAAGCUGCUUUGGAGCUUUCCCCAAAUCGCACGUAUUUAUAUGCUAAUACGUGAAAAGAGCGGCCAAACGAUUACGCAGCGUUGUCAGGAUUUUGUGCAGCAUAAAAUAUUUGAGCGCUUGCGUACGCACUUUCCGGAGCGGCUGGGAAAACUGGUCUAUCUCAAGGGUGACAUUGAGUGUGACGAUUUCGGCUUAAGUCAGGGCGAUCGCGAUCAGCUUUGUGCACAUGCGGAGAUAAUUUUCCACAGCGCUGCUACAGUUCGCUUCAAUGAGCGUUUGAAAGUGGCCGCACGCGUUAAUGCCGUCGGCACCUGGCGUCUUUUGGAGCUGUGCAAGGAAAUGUCACAGCUGAAGAGCUUCGUUUAUGUUUCGACGGCAUAUUGUAAUCCGGGUCGAAAAUUUGUCGAUGAGUUGAUUUAUCCCACUCUGCCGCCUGUCAACUGGAAAAUGUUUGUUGAUUGCACCAAUAAAAUACCGGACGCCUACUUUAAUAGUUUGGCCAAUUAUAUUAAGGGUCCCCAUCCGAACACUUACACCUUUACAAAAUCGAUAGCAGAGCAAAUUGUGAAUGAGUAUAAACACUGCAUACCAAUUGUUAUCGUACGACCCUCCAUUGUGACGGCGGCACACCGUGAGCCUUAUCCCGGUUGGAUCGACAAUAUACAAGGCAUCACAGGCAUAAUGAUGGAGAUCGGAAAAGGGACAAUCAGCAGCAUACUAGGCGACAAAGACAUCAUAUGCGAUAUAAUACCAGUGGACUUUGUCGUCAACUCUCUAAUACUGAUGGCACAAAAGGCAACGUUAGGAAGAGUUUACAUCGCGAAUGCAACAUCGGGUGUCACUAAUCCCAUUACUUGGGCGCGUCUUGGUUGUCUGACGCUCAAAUGGUCUCGCAUCUAUCCGACCACACGCAUAAUGAUGUAUCCAAAUUUUAAGUAUCGAAAAAGUUUCUUCCUACACGAAAUAGCCGUUAUUUUGUUGCACUACAUGCCAGCUUUAUUAAUGGAUCUGGUGACAUUGUUAAGGCAGAAGCGAAAAUUUGUCUUGCCAAUUGCGAAGAAAUUUCGGCAAGCUUGUCUAGCAGGUUGUACCUUCUCGCUGAAUGAGUGGGUUUUUAAGAAUCACAGCCGUCAUUACUUUGAAGAGUUGUUACAAAAUAAGGCUUUGCAUCACGUAUCUUGGAACUUAGAAGCGCUCGACUAUGACACUUAUAUCAGAGAGUUUGUGAUUGGCAUACAAAAGUAUCUGCAUCAUGAGCAUUUCAGUGAAAAUGUCAGCAGGUGGAAGAUCGCACGUCUUUACUGGAUUUGGGCAUUUUUACACCUAUUCUUACCGCUAUUAGCCAUAUACUGUUUGAUCUGAAUAAUACAGAUAAUUCACAUCAACGAAUGUAUUGUAAAUAUAUCUACAUAUAUGUACAUAUGUACGCAUAUGCGACACAUAAUCAAUCAAGCAUGAAUAUUUCUGUAAAAUCAAAAACUAUAAAAUAAAUAUAAAA